UGGCGGUUUCGCUCGACAUCGCCAAUGCCUUCAACUCGUUGCCGCAUCAGUGCAUAGAGUCGGCACUUCGAUAUCAUGGGGUGCCGCUCUACCUGCAGCACGUCGUGGCGGACUACCUCACCGGACGUGACAUUUCGUUCGCGUCGCAGACAGGCCUGCAGAGGUACGAAACGGGGUGCGGUGUUCCGCAGGGGUCAGUCCUAGGACCCCUCCUGUGGAACAUCGGGUACGAUUGGGCCCUCAGAGGGGCCCUCCUCUCUGGUAUGCGGGUCGUCUGCUACGCGGACGAUACCCUAAUUUUAGCCUCGGGUUCUGACCCCCGGGAAUGCAUCCGGCGUGCGACCUGCGGCGUCCAGGUGGUUGUAGGUCGCAUCCGGAUGCUCGGCUUGGACGUGGCUCUGGGGAAAACCGAAGCUCUGAUGUUGCACGGCCCCGGAGCCAACCCCAGAUGGACACGUGCCUGACAGUGGAGGACGCAAGGAUCCCACUGUCGGGCACGAUGAAGUAUCUCGGCCUGGUCCUCGACGGACGGAUGAGCUUCCGGGAGCAUUUUAAGCGGCUGGCACCAAGGCUCCAAGUCGCCGCAGCCGCUCUCGGAAGGCUCCUGCCGAACGUCGGGGGCCCAGACGUUGGGUGUCGCCGGCUUUACGCAGGGGUCAUUAGGCCGAUGGCCCUGUACGGCGCACCCAUAUGGUGCGGUAGUUUAACGCCUAGGAACAGGGCGGUUCUGCUUGGUGCACAGCGGGUGGUUACCAACAGGAUCGUCCGGGCCUACCGCACCUUCGGACGUGAGGCAUCGUGCGCCUUGGCGGGAAUCCCGCCCUGGGAUUUGGAUGCGAGUGUGCUAGCGGACCUAUACACCCGCUGCACUGCGCUCCGGUCUCGGGGCAUCGAACCCUCGCCGGGGCAGCGUGAGACCUGGCGCAGACAAGCCCGCCUCGUCGCAUUCCGGAAUUGGGAACUAAGGCUCGCCAAUCCGACGGCGGGGCGGGCUACGGUGGAGGCAAUCCGCCCACAUCUCCAACAGUGGGUGGAGAGGCGGUACGGUGUUUUGACGUACCGCCUCACGCAGAUGCUGACCGGACACGGUGCCUUCGGGCACUACCUGUUUCGGGUGGCUCGAAGGGAGGUCACCACAGUGUGUCAUCAGUGCGGUGACGCGGAUGACACCGCACUUCACACACUGGCCGCAUGUCCGGUCUUUGCGGAGCCUCGCGCCGAACUUGUGUCUGCGCUGGGUGGAGUGAACGUCGCCGAGUUUUGCCGAAAUAAUGUUUCCAUUAUUGGGAUUUCGGCAGCUUUGUUCGUGUCUAGUUUGAAAUUGAGCCAAAAUGUCUCCCCGCAGGCAUAUCGGCGGGAUUUAUGUUGCUCAUAG